AUGCCCAAGCUUGCAAUUCUCGCACUUCCCGCAAGACCCUAUUCAACAGUGAUCGACCUGUCGGACCCUUGGACCCGAAGUGAUCCGCCUCCCCGCUUUUCUCUCUGCAACCCAGUGUCGAUAGAUUUGAAAGAGCACCUACUCAUCGUAUGGCUAGCCGACCCAGCCAAUAAUCUCAGGUUUACAAAUCAACUUUUGUCUAGUACCCCGAAAAGUCUUACCACAUCAUUGUCUAGAACCAUAAGUGACGCCGGUAAAAUAGAAAAUGGUUCGCCUGGUAGUGGGGCCGCCGGCAAGCUUAGACAAUCGAGGAGGAAAGGAUCGACUAAAACCCUCAUUCUAAUCAAACCGGGGCGAUUGUGGAACAUGGAAUGA